AUGGAAGAAACUAACGAAGAACUCGAAGAGCAAAAGAAGAAGUUAAUGGAGCAAAACGAUAAUAAAGACCCAAUGACUCUUCUGCUUUAUGAACACAAUUCUAUCCGUCUGAUCCAAAAACUUGAUAACGAAAACAAAGAAUUCAACUUAAAAUAACCAAACCUUAAAGGCAAGAAUAAAAGAGGAGAAAGAAGUUUAUAACAAGCGUAUUGACGAUUUACAGGGAAACAUCAAGAACAUGGAAAAAGAAAUCUUCGAACUCAACAACGACAUCAAGGAGCUUGACAAGGAAAAGCACAAAAACCUUAUGAUGACCACCCAGGCACAAGAGGCCGAGUACGACAAGCAGAUCAAAGAGAACGAAAAGGAAAUGGAGAGGCUCGACCAGAAGCUUGAAGAGUGCAGCCAGUUCGAAGAUAAGCGCGAAGAAAUUGAAGAACACAUUGAAAAACUCAAGGAACGCCUCGAGAAAGAAAGGCAGGAGCACGAAAUGGAGCUUGCUGAAAAAGAAGAAGAAAAGCAUCAAGCCAUUGAGAAGCUCAGAAAAGACAUGCUGUUCCAGAUCAAAGAGACCAAGGCCGAACUGUUGUCACUCAACGAUGCGGAGUUGCAGAAUACGACUAAGCUGACGAUUCAGCAGAACCACCAGUUGACUUCUGAGUUGGAGUUCCAGUCAAAGCAGACAGAGACGCUUCUGUACAAAAACAACAAGAUGAGUGAGCAGAUCGUUGCUCUGAAGAAAGACAUCGAGAUCCACAAACAGGUCGAGAACGAGUUGGCAAAGAGGUCGCAUUUCUGUCAAAAAGUAAUAAAAUAAACUCAGACAGAAGCUCAAAGACCUGAACGAAGAAAUCGCAAACAGCAAGAAAAACAAGCAUGGCAAGCCCAAAUCGAAGAUUGACGACAAGUGGGAUGGCACCAAGAAGGAAGAACUCAUCGGCUUCUUGGAAACCAAGCUUGACGAAAUCCAGAAGCGACUAGAAAACACCCAGAGCAAGUACGAGGGAAUCAAGAAGCGCUACCUGAUUCUGUACGAUAAGCUGAGCCAGUCCAGAGAGAAAUACAGGAGGACUGUGUUGCUGCUCACGGACUAUCUAGACGACUUGCUCAACUCUUCGGAACAAGUGCUUUCGACUGACCAAGACAUGCAUUUGAACCUGGACGAGAUCAAGGAAGCCAAAGUCCCGAUCAAAGACCUCGAAGCCAAAGACAAGAUUGCACUGAUCUUGGUGUUGCUGAAGCAGCUGCAGCCGUACAUCACAGACUACACUCCCGAGCAUCCAGCUGCGUUGGAGCUGCUUCAGGACCGCAAAGUGGAGUCAGACACCACUGAGACGCUCAACCGGAUUUUGAACAACAUCAAGGUGCAGACCAAGCGGAGCGAAGUGGGGUCGCGAGAGACAGCAUCGAGAGGGUUCAAGAAGAGGUUUAAGAAGGAGUCGGAGACAGACGAGUUCAAGCUGCCACCCAUCCACAAGCAUCAUUCUUAG